AUGAUCUUCUCUUCUUUACGUACAGCAGCAUUCCGUUCAGGAUUAAAUCGUCAGUUGCAUACAUCCGUUCCACGUUCUGAUGUGGCAAGCAGUGCAAGAAAUGCAGCAGAAGGAGCAUCAAAACAAUUGAGCGGUUUGGCUGAAAAGGCAAAAGCAUUUGGUAAACCAUUGGCAGAUCGUGCUUCAUCAGCAACAGGUGUAAAUGUUUCCUCUUACGCAGAUGCAUUCAUGUACAACUUGCGUGUGGCCGGUUCUUUGUUCAAACAAGUAUACAUCGCUGAAGGAUUAGCACCACCACGCUCGCUACAAGUCAUUCAAGAUGCAUACAAGACAAUGUAUGCUCGUGCUAUUGAUGCUAAUUGGUGGACAAACUUGGCCAAAUCUGGAGAAUGGCAAAAGACUGCAAUUUAUGCAGUUGAGGCAUAUGGUAUUUUCCAUAUCGGUCAAAUGAUUGGCAGAAGGCAUAUCGUUGGUUACAAGAUCGACAAAAAGACUGCACACGGAGAUCAUCAUUAG